AUGGACGAACUGGCAAGUGGUGAAGAUAUGGCUUAUGAAGUCCUGACCAAAAUUCAAGUGCACGAUCGAUAUUAUAAGAGGAAGUACAAAGUCACCAGCCGAUCCAAGAUUCCACGUCCAUAUAAAAGUAUUGAUAUGGAAAGAAGGCUAAUACGAGCUGCAACUGAAGGAAAUAUUCAACUAGUUUGUCAACUCAUUCAUCGUGGUGUUAAUGUGAGAGCGGCUGAUGAUAAACGCAGAACUGCCCUCCACGUCGCUGCCAAUUUAGGCCAUAAUGGCAUUGUCAAGGUAUUAAUCGAAAAUGGGGCAGAUGUCCAUCAACGUGAUUGCAACGGAAAUACACCUUUACAUUUAGCUGCCUGCUCUAGUAAUAUUGAAGUUCUGACUACAUUGAUGGGCGCAGUUCUAAGAAAACGAUCAGUUUUAUGCUUUUGCUAUGUCAUUCCAGGAACUAGCGUGGAUGCUACAGAUUUUAACGGUAUAACACCACUACAUUUGGCAUUAUCGCACUUACGUAUAUUAGAUGAAGAUGAAAGCUGUUCAUGCGAUAUAACUGGAUUAAAGGCAAAAUUAACGGAGGUUGUUAAAUUGCUCAAGCACUAUCUUAAAAGCUCCAAGAAUGUAGAUGCAACCGACAAAGAUAUAGAUGACCUUGAAAUGCUCACGAAUCGUAUUAGUAUUUCAACGACAGCGAAAGAGGUGAGUCAUGUCAAUCAGUUACUAGCUGAUUUUGCUUCUUUGAGUAUUAAGAAGCAGAAAAUAGAUUAG